AAGCAGAACUUCUAGAUUCAAAUUUUUAUUUGUCGAUUGUCGCAUCGUUGAGAGAAGGCUUGGAUAUCCUGAGAAAACCAAAAGUUGAGAUAACAUGGCUAUGAAUCCCAACACCCAGAUGCUCAGGAGCAUCAUAUCCGAACUUCGUAGGGCUAGCACCGGAAGCCUCGGGGAUAAUCCUCUGUUUCGUUAUAUUAUGGGACAAUACAGGAGGAAUCAAACUACCCAAGAGCAGAUCUGCAAGGCUAGAGAAGAGAUGCAGUUUUUGGCAAACACGUAUCUUUGUUAUUUGCGAAGCAGCAGAUUGCAGAAGGAAAUCAGCGAAGAGUUUCAUGGGAAAGGCGAGAGAACCAUUGCGGAAACGGCCAAGAUGGUUGGAUUCAAGCUUCCCCAUGAUCCCAAAUGAGUUAUUGCAGAUUGAUUGUAGUUGCCGAAUGUAAAUUAAUAUAAAUAAAAUGUUUAGAUAUCAAUUAAA